CCAGUCGGCAGGCUCUGCAAGAUAAUCCUACGCGGGGGAUGCGAAGUGACAUCCCGGAUCGGCGCUUCCCAAGCCUGAAGACGCCACCCGCGGCCUUCCGCACCCUCCACAAGCUGACCCCGUGUCCCCUCAUCACCACCGAAGCCGUUGACUUUGCUGCCUUAACUCCCCUUCUUCUUCCCCAUCCUUCCCUCAUCUCGUCCACGGUCCGCACCACACGCAAACAACAUCCAAGCAAGGGGAGGAGCAGCGAUCGGGAGCGAGGCGCGGAGGCAAGAAGCGGCGGCGGCGGCGGCAUGGACCGGAACCUGAGCGGGCUCCUGAUCGGGUGCGUGGGCGCCGCCGUGACGCUGCUGGCGUACAACCAGACGGUGGUGACCAGCACGCAGUGCAUCGCCGCGGGCUUCGUCAUCCUCCUCUUCGCCCUCGGCGUCAAGGAGGGCAUCAUAUCCCUCUGAUGCGCGCGCGCGAGCGAGCGUGAGGCGCCAUCGCCCUUCGUGUCCUCUCCUUCCCGCUGCUCGUAUUCCUUCUUGCUUCAGUUUCUUCUGCACCUGCCGCUGUGCUCCUCUCGUUUUUCCCCUGAAAAAACACUGUACUGUAAUAACUUUUUCCUGUAGCGCUUGGUUUAGCCAUGUGACGCGGAUGGCUGUUGCCGGUCCGGUUUGUCGGAAUCGAUGCAUGUUGUGGUCCUUUGCAAGAUGAACAACAGACGAUCGAUUUCUUGAA